AUGCACCCUUUGCCCUCCCUUGGGCGCAACAUUGGCAAACUCAUCAUAGAAGUGUCGCACACCGACAUGGCGCUCGUCGAGCUCCGAGACACAGAAAGUUUCUCCAACGUCACCUUCUGCAACAACGAGAUGCCAGAGCCCAUCCCAUUGCGACGACUGGCCGAAGCAGAGAGCCUGGGAAUGCAAACCAAAAUCGCUUUAGAUUCGCCUGAUACAGGUUUUAUCGAUGGCAAGCUCAUACACAUGCUCGAACCAGAACAGAGUUGGAUUUUUACAACAUGGUCCUAUAUGGGACAGGGGUCGGCGGCCACCCUUCCGGAAGGAAUGUGCGGGAGCGCCAUUUGGACCGAGGACGGAGACGUGGUCGGCUUCUUCCGAUACGCUCCGAAGGAGGGAGAGAUGAAGGACUGGUGUGCGGGCAUUGCGGCCGACGAGCUCAUCAAGCGCGGCUUCAGCCUCGUCGACACAACUCAGAGACUGCCGUAA